UUUUUCUGUCUCAUCGUUUGUAAUAACGAAGCUUCAUUUUAAAAAGCUUAUCGAAGGCGACACACCAGCGAAUUGGAAUCGAACCAAAUCGGAAUAUACUGGUAUUAAUUUCAUUUCUGUUUCGGUUUGGUUUGUGUUCGGAUCGGUUUUGGUUGGGAGAAGAUGAGCGGAGGUGGAGGUGGAGGUGGAUGGGAGAGGGUAAGGACUUCGAGAUCGAGAUUAGGAAGAGAAACGAGUUCUACAUCAUCUCGGACGGUUCGACUCGGUCGAGUGCAGCCUCAGGCACCUGGUCACCGUACUAUCUAUUGUAAUGACCGCGAGGCUAAUUUCCCCGUCCGAUUCAAGGGGAAUUCUAUAUCAACUACGAAGUACAAUUUCUUAACCUUUCUACCAAAGGGACUGUUUGAACAGUUCAGGCGGGUAGCCAAUUGCUACUUUCUCUUGAUAUCUAUCUUAUCAAUGACACCAAUCAGUCCUGUCAAUCCUGUGACAAAUGUGGUCCCAUUGAGCAUGGUACUUUUGGUCUCUCUUAUUAAGGAGGCAUUUGAGGACUGGAAGCGUUUUCAGAAUGAUAUGGUGAUUAACAACAGUCCUGUAGAAGUGUUGCAAGAUCAAAAGUGGGAGACUAUUCCAUGGAAGAAGUUGCAAGUUGGAGACAUUGUUAGGAUUAAGCAGGAUGGGUUCUUUCCCGCCGAUCUGCUUUUCCUAGCUUCUACAAACCAGGACGGUGUCUGUUAUAUUGAGACGGCAAAUUUGGAUGGGGAAACAAAUUUGAAGAUUAGAAAGGCAUUGGAAAGGACGUGGGAUUACUUGACCCCUGAAAAAGCUGCUGAAUUUAAAGGUGAAGUACAAUGUGAACAACCAAACAAUUCGCUUUACACUUUCACCGGCAAUCUUAUUAUCCAAAAGCAGACAUUACCUCUCAGUCCAAACCAACUUCUUUUAAGAGGGUGCAGUCUCAGGAACACAGUAUAUAUCGUUGGGGCUGUUAUAUUUACAGGUCAAGAAUCAAAGGUUAUGAUGAACUCCAUGAAUGUUCCUUCGAAGAGGAGUACACUGGAGAGGAAACUUGAUAAACUUAUUCUUGCCCUUUUUGGAUCUCUUUUCAUGAUGUGCCUGAUUGGAGCAAUAGCCAGCGGUAUAUUCAUAAACCGUAAGUAUUACUACCUUGGUCUUGAUGAAAGUGCACCGACAGAGUAUAACCCUAGCAACAGAUUUGGGGUUGCUGCUUUGACUUUGUUUACACUCAUUACAUUAUACUCGACAAUAAUUCCCAUCUCUUUGUAUGUUUCUAUUGAGAUGAUCAAAUUUAUUCAAUGCACCCAAUUUAUCAACAAAGACCUACAUAUGUAUCAUGCUGAAACCAAUACUGCUGCAUUGGCUAGGACUUCCAAUUUAAAUGAGGAACUUGGACAGGUGGAAUAUGUUUUCUCCGAUAAAACUGGUACUUUAACGAGAAAUUUAAUGGAGUUUUUCAAGUGUUCAAUUGGAGGAGAAGUUUAUGGCUCUGGUAUUACUGAAAUAGAACGUGGUGGAGCACAACGGAGUGGCAUGACAAUUCAAGAAAGUAACAAAUCAGUUGGUGCAAUACAUGAGAAGGGGUUCAAUUUUGAUGAUCCUAGGCUUAUGGGUGGAGCUUGGAGGAAUGAACCUAAUCCUGACACAUGCAAGGAAUUUUUCAGAUGCCUUGCAAUUUGUCAUACGGUUCUUCCUGAAGGUGAGGAAUCCCCUGAGAAAAUUACAUAUCAGGCUGCAUCACCGGAUGAGGCUGCUUUGGUCGCUGCAGCAAAGAAUUUUGGUUUUUUCUUCUACAGGCGCACACCUACAACUAUAUAUGUUCGUGAAUCUCAUGCGGAGAAGAUGGGUAAAGUUCAGGACGUGUCUUAUGAAAUUUUGAAUGUUCUUGAGUUCAACAGCACGCGAAAACGCCAGUCUGUUGUUUGUAGAUAUCCUGAUGGCAGACUCACGUUAUACUGCAAGGGUGCUGAUACUGUAAUUUUUGAGAGAUUGGCUGAUGGAAACGAUGGUUUAGUAAAAGUUACUAGGGAACACUUGGGACAAUUUGGUUCUUCUGGAUUACGCACCCUCUGCCUUGCCUAUAGAGAUUUAAGCCCUGAAGUAUAUGAAAGCUGGAAUGAGAAGUUUAUUCAAGCUAAAUCUUCUCUUAGAGAUCGUGAAAAGAAGUUGGAUGAGGUUGCAGAACUUAUAGAGAAGGAACUUAUUUUGAUUGGGAGCACUGCUAUAGAAGACAAACUUCAAGAAGGAGUUCCAGAUUGUAUUGAGACUCUUGCUAGAGCUGGAAUCAAGAUUUGGGUUCUAACAGGGGACAAGAUAGAAACAGCAAUUAAUAUAGCUUAUGCUUGCAACUUAAUCAACAACGAUAUGAAACAAUUCAUCAUAAGCUCAGAAACUGAUGCAAUCAGAGAAGUUGAAAGCAGUGGUGAUCAAGUGGAAAUUGCCCGCUUUAUGAAAGAAGAAGUGAAAAAAGAGUUGAAGAAGUGUCUUGAGGAAGCACAACACUCUUUAAACACUGUGACUGGGCCAAAAUUAGCUCUUGUUAUCGACGGAAAGUGCUUGAUGUAUGCAUUGGACCCCACUUUACGAGUAAUGCUGCUGAAUUUGAGCUUGAAUUGUAGUUCAGUUGUCUGCUGCCGCGUUUCUCCUUUGCAGAAAGCACAGGUGACUACUUUGGUCAAAAAAGGUGCACGUAAAAUUACACUUAGCAUUGGAGAUGGUGCCAAUGAUGUUAGCAUGAUUCAAGCUGCUCAUAUUGGUGUUGGAAUAAGUGGAAUGGAAGGAAUGCAAGCGGUUAUGGCUAGUGAUUUUGCAAUUGCCCAGUUUCGUUUUCUUGCUGAUUUACUUCUUGUGCAUGGCCGGUGGUCAUAUUUUAGGAUAUGCAAGGUCAUCACAUAUUUCUUUUACAAGAAUCUCACAUUUACGCUGACUCAAUUUUGGUUCACCUUCCAUACUGGCUUUUCUGGCCAAAGAUUCUAUGAUGAUUGGUUCCAGUCGCUGUACAAUGUCAUAUUUACGGCACUUCCGGUGAUCAUUGUUGGGCUUUUUGACAAGGAUGUCAGUGCAUCCCUUUCAAAGAAAUACCCUGAACUGUAUAAAGAGGGUAUAAGAAAUGUCUUUUUCAAGUGGAGAGUUGUGGUGACAUGGGCUUGCUUUUCUGUAUACCAGUCUCUAAUCUUUUAUCACUUUGCGACCACUUCCAGUAAGGGUGGUAAAAAUUCAUCAGGCCGGAUAUUUGGACUAUGGGAUGUCAGCACAAUGGCCUUCACUUGUGUUGUUGUCACAGUCAACUUGCGUCUUCUUAUGAUAUGCAACUCGAUUACAAGGUGGCAUUAUAUCAGUGUCGGAGGAAGCAUUCUAGCUUGGUUUUUUUUCAUUUUUGUAUAUUCAAUAUUUAGGGAGAAUGUAUUUUUCGUCAUUUAUAUUUUGAUGAGUACAUUCUAUUUCUACCUUGCACUUCUUCUUGUUCCCGUCGUUGCACUUCUUGGAGACUUCAUAUACCAAGGGGUUCAAAGAUGGUUCUUCCCAUAUGAUUAUCAGAUUAUUCAGGAGAUACACUUGUAUGAACCUGAUGACAACAGUAGAGCAGGAUUUCUGGAGAUUGAGAAUAGGCUUACACCUCAAGAAGAAAGGAGCUACGCAAUAGCUCGACUCCCACGAGAAAUAUCUAAACACACGGGGUUUGCUUUUGAUUCACCUGGGUACGAGUCAUUUUUUGCUGCACAGCUUGGUAUUUAUGCUCCACAGAAGGCUUGGGAUGUUGCACGGAGAGCCAGCAUGAGGUCACAGCCUAAAAAGAAUUAACUCCCAUAAUUAUCAUUGUACAAAUUAAGUUUUGGUCUCAAUAUCAUUGGUCAAUACUAGAAAAAUUUGUAGAGUUUAGAUGUUAGAUUAGCUCUCCAUUUAAUUUUGCUUUACCUUCAACUUGGUUUUUAGAAGGAAUAGCAAUCCCUAGGCUGUAAGGAUGUACAGGUAAUUGAUACAAUUCUACUAAAUUCGGAAUUUUGCUGGUUAAUUCUUAAAAUAACUAUUAUUUUGGCUUAA